AUGGCCCAAGGUUGCUAUAACCUGUCCAUACCGCACGACAUGAUGUCUGGUACUAACAACUGCAUGGAUAGCACUGCUGGAUGCACUGAUCGCUGUGCUGCAGGUUGUGCGAGUUCUGGAGGUUUUUUAAGGUCAAUAUUUCAGAAAUUCCAAGCACGUUCGUGCUUGGCCAUGUUCUCCCCCUUCACCACUUUCAAAACGCAUGAUGGGUCCAACAUGCAAUUUUUCGGCAGACUUAGCAUCAACAACUUUGAGUUAGGUCCCACAAUAGGUAAGGGAUCAUACGCCACCGUUUGUGUUGCAAGGCUUAGUAAUGAGAAGAAAAAAUCAUCACCAAUUGCACUAAAGAUUUUGCAUAAGUCUAAGAUGAUAAAGGAACACCAAAUGGACCAUGUGAAAAACGAACGCGAUAUACUCGCUUCAACGAGCCAUCCAUUUGUUGUCCAAUACAUUACAUCAUUCCAAGACAGUGUUAAUUUGUAUAUCGUAAUGGAGUAUAUUUCAGGGGGGGAGAUGUUCAGUUACUUGCGUAAAUUUGGAACAUUAGGCGUUAGGACCACGAAGUUUUAUAUCGCAGAAGUCACACUUGCCAUGGAUUAUUUGCAUAACAAGUGCAUUAUCUAUAGGGAUUUGAAGCCCGAAAAUAUAUUGGUUGAUAAGUUUGGUCAUGUCAAACUUGCGGAUUUUGGGUUUGCAAAAAGAAUCUACGGUCAGACAUACACUCUUUGUGGCACAAGUGAAUAUCUAGCCCCUGAGGUAUUUUUGCGCGCUGGACACAGUUUUGAGACUGAUUGGUGGUCUAUGGGCAUUAUGUUAUAUGAAUUUUUGGUGGGUACGCCCCCUUUCACUUCCAAAAGUUCUCUAGAUACAUACAAUUUGGCACUGGCUAACAAUAUAAAGUUCACACCGUCUGUUCCAAUACAAGCCAAAAGUCUCAUACGUGGGUUACUAAAGGUAGAUCCUAGAUAUAGGUUUGGCGGAAAGAGGCUGACAAGUAAAUACAUUUACAACCAUGCAUUUUUCAGGGGUAUAGACUGGGAAAGACUAGUUCAAAAGCGAAUUAACCCUCCCAUUGUACCAAAGAUUAGGUCUGAGUUUGACACUGCGAAUUUUGACAAAUAUCCAGAGACUUGGUUAUCACACAAGGCAGCUAUUUCUAGAAGGGAACAAUCUCGUUAUUUUAGGGAUUUUUGA